CCCUGCAACAGAACAUAACCACAACGGGCGCCAUUUUGGUUUUUUUGUUUGAUUGCUGUUCUUCUUCUUCCGGCGAAAGAUCUAUCGCUCUAUCCAUAGGCUAGGUCUUGGAUCGGUCCAUGCUGCUGCCAGAUGGUGUGGAUGCGCGACGCGGCGGACGCGGCGGCCAUGGGGAACUGCUGCGUGUGCUCGGAUAGCUGCGACGGAUUUGGCCCUUGCCCCAAGAGAUUCCGGCCGCGGCUGAUGGAUUUCUUGCGCAUGGAGGAUCGCGAGGUGCUGGGGCUUCUCUUGGAUCGGCAUUCUCAGCGCCGCCGGCCGCGGCGCCAAGAGCAGCUCGAUUUCGCGUCUGACAGGGAGAAGAUCGAUGGCCGGUCGCAGUUGGAGCACAUCUUCCAUCAAAAUAUGCCCGUUUCGGAGAAUCGAGAGGGAGAGGCCAGCGGCGCCUUGCGAAUCUACGUUGUUACUUGGAACAUGAAUGGAAAGAUACCUGAACGAAAUCUCGCAAAUCUCGUGGACGAUGAAUCGGCGAGAAGGAAGCACGACUUGUACGUGAUUGGUCUCCAGGAAGCUCCAAGUUUCUACGUCGAGUCUUUCUUUCUAGAGAUUCUGGGCGAAAGUUACUGCUUGGUUGCAUCGUCGGUCAUGUCAUCUUUGCAACUUUUCGUGUUCGCAAGGACCGCGCUCCUGUCAUUUUUAACUGAUCCCAGGAGCGACAAGGUUAGCGUAGGGGGAUUUGGAGGUGUUAUUGGUCGUCAAAAGGGGGCUGUUGCUGUCUCGUUGCGAUACCGUCAGCUCAGAUUUCUCUUCCUUUCAUGCCACCUCGCCCCUCACGAAGGCAAUGUAGGGGCUCGAAAUGCUCAGUUUGCUCGCAUCACUCAGAGCGUUUUCGCAAGGCCAAACACUGCCAACGGGUGCUCGUGCUUGCACACGGCCACCGCCGUGGUCGUGGACGAGUAUGGCCUCGAUCAGCCGCAGGACCAACACAAGCAAAACCAGCAUCAAGCUUGCACGAACAACACUGUCGAGGGCUCCGAUCUCGUCAUCUUGAUGGGGGACUUGAACUACAGAGUUGUCGGGCACAAAACUUCCGUAGGGAUCUUGAUCAAGAACAACCUCGAAAAGCUCUUAUGGCCGAGAGACCAGCUCUCGAGAGAAGUCGCGCGAGGCAACAUCUUCAACGGCUUUGUUGAAGGCCCGCUAACUUUCAGACCGACUUACAAGUAUGACGUGGGAACCGAUAACUAUGACACGAGCUCAAAGGAAAGAGUGCCGUCAUGGACGGAUAGGAUCUUGUUCAAAGUCCGGCACAAGAGCUGGCUCAGUGUGGCGGUCCAGGACUACGAUUCGAUCAACUCCUUGAAGAGCUCGGACCACAGGCCAGUAAAGGCACUGCUAAGAGUGAACACGAAUCUCUAGAGAGAUGGAUCGAUGCUUUGGAAGGCAGGCAGUCCUUAGAUUCAUCGUCACCGCGUUGUGGUUCAUUCAAGGCCACAGUGAGGUAAUGUCAAGUCAAGGUAUAGAAUUUCUUCCAAAGCAUACCUUGGCAUUUACAUACACUCAUUUUAUUCCGACCUUUUUGAUAGACAGAAGGUCUAUUCUUGUUUGAUUUCCAGGAAGUGACUCCUGGCUUGGUUGCCUUGUUUGCUUUCUCUUCCGAGUUCUAGACAUUUUGGGAUUUGGAACC